ACUAGAUGAUUAUUAUUAUUCUCAAAGAGGACAAUCACCAAUAGCUUCAAGUUCAAGUUCUGAUGUUCAAAACUCAAGAUCCAGAACUCCUGCUAUUAGAAAUUCAAGAUCUCGAUCUUCUGUUACUAUUCGAAAUUCAAAAUCUCGAUCCCUUGUUACUAUUCAAAACUCAAGAUCUAGAACACCUGCUAUUGAAAAGUUGAAAUCAAAGACAUCCAGCAUCUCUUCUAUAAACCCCAUAGUCGAUCCUAACAAUACAAAUAGUCUAGGAGGUCAAAAUAAUUAUAUUGAAGCUAUAAAUAGUGCUAUCAUUACACUUAUAAAUGAGAUUCACAGUAUCAAAGAGGCUCAACAAAGCUGGAGAAUUAGUCUUGAUUUGGACAAGCAAAAGUUAGAUAAAAAAAGAAAAGAGACCAAUUUCCGAAGAGGCGAUAAAAAAGAAAGAAAACAAAAAGGAAUAGCACACAUGCUUGAUACUAAUAAUAAUUUGUUUGAUACUCUCCAUCUGUCAUCUUUAAAUUUGAAUGAGUUUAAAGAGAACUGUGAGUUAAUAAUGAAUAAAGGUGAGUAUCAUAGUGAUGAAGUAUUCGAAACUGAUGAAGAACUUGUAAAAAAGGAAGUUCAAGUAGGAAUUUGA